CAGAGUUUGCCUUAAUCUGUUUCAUGAUAGGUUUGAGGAGGUUCGUAUAUAAUGUGCUGAAAGUAUCUGCUAACAGUUUUUAUUGAUAUCUGUGUAGUUUAAAAAUGUUCCUGAUAUUAUGUUUGUAUGGCCUUUUGGUAACUUGUAAUGCAGUCAGUGAUCGCUUUCCCGACGAUUUUGAAUUUGGAGUAAGUACGUCCGCCUAUCAAAUUGAAGGUGCAAGGGAUGAAGGCGGUAAUGGCAGAAAUGUAUGGGAUGAUAUAACCAGGAUACCAGGGGUUAUCGCGGAUAAUUCUACGGGAGAUAUCGCUUGUGACUCUUACCAUAAAUGGCAGAGGGACAUUCAGCUUAUCCGUGAAUUACGUGUGUCAACUUACAGAUUCUCAAUCUCCUGGUCGCGCGUCUUACCCAACGGCACAACAGAUUAUAUCAACGAAGAAGGGUUGGCAUUUUAUGAAAACUUCCUGAAUGUAUUACUGGAAGAAGGCAUUGAACCCUUGGUGACGUUGUAUCAUUUUGAUUUGCCAACAGCGCUAAAAAUUCAAGGCGGCUGGACGAAUUCCUCAAUCGUCGACCGUUUUGGCGAUUACGCGGACUUCAUUUUCUCACGUUUUGGAGACCGCGUCAAAUCCUGGCUGACGAUCAAUGAGCCAGAAGUGGUCUGUGAUCAGAUUGCUCUAUUCCCUCCUGUAUAUGGCGAUGAGAAUGCUGUACCCCUCUCCUGUACUAAGAAUAUAUUGCUGGCACACGCGAACGCGUACAGAAUUUAUACUGCCAAGUACAAGCGUGUACAGGAUGGCACAGUCAAUAUAGCAUACAAUUACAUAUGGGCAGAACCAGAGGAAGAUGACGAGGAGAAUAGAAUUGUGGAUAUAAUGCUGCAGUUAUUUAAUGACAGAUUCACACAUCCAAUUUACGCUAAGAGUGGUGGGUGGCCAGAAGGUCUAGAGGAAUAUAUUGCAGAGUAUAGCAAGGAAAUUGGAUAUAAUACGUCAUUGUUGCCGCCUUUUACUGAAAGCGAGAAGAAGUUUAUUCAAGGCACAUACGAUUACGCCGCUUUUAACUAUUACUAUGCAGUGAAAGUGACAAAAAAGAACAAUAACAUACCGUGGAAUCCACGAGCACCGAUAUCCUUACAAGAUGGAUACACUGUAGAUUCUUAUGAAUCUCCUGUAGGAUUACGAAAGCUCAUAAAUUGGCUGAACGAGCGCUUCGGAGUCGAAGAUAUACUAAUCACAGAAAAUGGGUAUCGCGGUGAAGAUGCAAAACUUCUUGAUUAUGAGAGAGUAAAUUACCUUAAAGAGCAUUUAGAACAGAUUUUGUUAUCUAUAUAUGAAGACGGUUUAAAUGUUUUCGGUUACAUGGUCUGGAGUUUAAUGGAUAAUUUUGAAUGGGUUUCAGGAUAUAGUGUACAUUACGGUCUCUACAGCAUAGACUUCGACGAUUCCGAACGCCCGGCGACCCCGCGGCUCUCAGCUGAUUACUAUACUUGUAUCAACUUUAAUCGUGCCCUACCAGUGUGUGAUAGUUACCUUCAGCCUUAGAAUAACGCCUAGAUUAAGAGCCAGCGCGCACGAGCAACUC